AUGGGAGACGAGGCUGUUCACACACCAUUUCUCAUUGAGCUGAAUAAGGCCACACUGGACGUGGUCCCAGUGGCUUGGUGGCUGGAUAUGGUGUGGGUAGUGAUGGUGUUGGGCUUGGGCUCCACUCUGAGGGGAGAUACUCGUUAUGGAGAUUUGCGGAAGCAGCAGCCAAUGGUCCUGUUGGGGACUCUACUGUCCUGGUACCUCUGCUUCCUCAUCGUCUUCAUCCUGCUCUUGAUGUCAGCACGAAAAUUCUCAGUUCACCCAACUGACAGGAUACCAACAGCUUGUGUGGAGCCAUGGAGUUACAUCCCAGAUGGCAUUCUGCCAGUGUUCUGGAGAGUUGUAUACUGGACCUCCCAAUUCCUUACUUGGCUGCUGUUGCCUUUCAUGCAGUCGUAUGCUCGGUCAGGAGCUUUUUCAAGAGCUGGAAAGGUUAAAACAGCUCUCAUUGAAAACGCUCUUUACUACGGCACCUACCUCCUUAUCUUCAUCUCCCUGCUUAUAUACCUGGUCGCUCACCCAAAGUGGCAUCUCACAUGGUCAGAGCUCCAGACUAUUGGCAUUACUGCUGCCAACACAUGGGGCCUCUUCCUGCUGGUGCUGCUGCUAGGUUAUGGCCUGGUGGAGAUCCCACGUUCUUAUUGGCUCUCAUCCUCCCCUGUUUACCUGCUGGCCAAGGCCUACUUCAAGGCAGCAAAGAUGGCUACUGAGAAGGCUGAGGCAGAGGAACACUUAGCAGAUGUUAUGGAGGAGGUGGCAAGUGUCCAUGUAUCCGUCAGGCACAACCACAGUCUAAGGAAGUGUGUUGACACCAUUUUGACAAAGUGUCCCACUGAGUACCAAGAAGAGAUGGAAGAGAUGUGGAAAGCUCUGGUGAACAAAUCAUCUCCCCCCAAAAGAGGCUUAACUAGUCUUCAUAAAAAAGUAAUCUUUGCAGUGCAGAGACACAGACAGGCUCAGGUUCAGUGGUCUAUCUUGUUAGACCAGGCCUUCCAUUUAGAAGAUGUAGCUAAAAGCCAGAGCAGCCCUGUCCAUCACUUCACCCAUAGUAUUCCCUCAGCACAGCACAAUGGCUGGAUACACAGAUUCAUCUGCACACCUGCAGUGGAGUGGUACUGGGAGUGUGUGUUCAGACAGAUUUCCUACAGGCUGCUGGCAGUGCUCCUUGUCUCCUCAGCAGCAGUAGUUUGGUCUGAGUGCACCUUUUUCAGCACACACCCUGUCCUUUCCCUCUUCGCUGUCUUUGUUCAGAUGGCUGAAAAACAAUACAACUACAUUUGUAUAGAGAUGGUGUGCUUUGUCAGCAUCCUCUUCCUGUGUGUCUGCAUCUACUCAACAGUGUUCAGAAUUCGAGUUUUCAACUACUAUCACCUGGUACCACAUCACCAAACUGAUGCUUACAGCCUGCAGUUCAGCGGCAUGUUGUUUUGCCGUCUCACUCCUCCUUUGUGCCUCAAUUUCCUGGGUCUGAUUCACAUGGACUCUGCCAUCUCACACCAGGACAGAAUACAGACAUCCUACACCUCUAUCAUGGGCUCUAUGCGUCUGCUAUCUUUCAUAUCUGAUGGGUUCUACAUCUAUUAUCCCAUGCUGAUACUGCUGCUCUGCUUUGCCACUUUUUACAGCCUGGGCUCUCGCUGUCUGAACCUCCUGGGCAUCCAUCAGUACAUUACUGAUGAUGACUUGACCUCCGAUCUGGUGGAUGAAGGCAGAGAGCAAAUCAGAAGAGAAAGAAGAAAAAGACAGAAAGCUGAAGAUGGAGAAAAUAGGAGACGGGCCUUGAGGGAGCGGUAUGGAGUCAAUGGGAUUACUGGGCGGACCAGAGCUGGUUACGCCGAGAUAAAAGAUAACCAGAGCAGCCCUGUCACACAAACAAGAAAAGUGAUGUAACAUUCAUAAGAAGAGAUGUGGAGACGGAGGAGCAGCAACGAGGCUUACUGCAAGACAAUUCCAGUGAUGAAGAUUCACCAAACAGAAGGUCCACAGGAGGACGUUACCUGUCCCUGUCACAGUCUCAAACAAGAAUCUUUGGUGAUGUUUGAUAGACUGAAGACAUGACAGGAAAGCAAAACACCAGUACCUGCUGGGAUCAAAAAUAAAGGACUGAAAAUGCAUCAUCAGAAGUUUGAAUCCAAAAGACAAUCCUGAGCCUCAAGAAGUAAUGGGAAACCUAAUACACUUGAGACAUGGACUCACCAUCAGGAAACUGUGAAAAAUGAAAUCAAAGCUCUCAAUGAAGGAUUUUAUACUGUAUCUCAGGAGAUUCUGAAACUGGAUUAUUUACUGAGACUGUAAAGGGAUUUAAUGGCCCAAAGGCCUUAAGCUGUGUGAAGGGACAAAUCUUGUGGAGUAUAAUUUUGAUUUUUAUCUUCUUAAACAAUUGUGUUUUCCAUUACCACUGUAGAAUGAAUGAAACUGAAUUCACAUAUCCAAGGGAAAAACAUCAUCAGUCUAACUUAUUUCAUACUCUGUAUUUUGUGUUUUGAUUGACUUGUGUAUGGCUCCAAUGGCCUAUUCCUUUUUUGUAAGAGUAAGCAUGUUUUUGAAUUAUGUGACUUCCAAGAGAUUGCAUUAAAAUGUGAUCAUUUCAACAAGUAUGUUA